GCACUCUAGCAUUGACAAAAAUACGUUUGUGUCUGUCAUACUGUAUAACUGAAAAAUGGGAACUAAUCGUAAAAGUUAUCUUAGUGUUCAGCGAUGCAGAGCAAUGAUAUCUUUACGAAGAAAGAGAAUAAUUAGAAGGUUGUGCUGACGUGAAAAUUUCUGUACCCUACUUAUCAAAUACCUAUUUGAAAUGUCUGCUGAAGAUUCCAAGAAAAGGUGCUUCAUCAAAGACUUUAUUGCAACUCUUAUUCAUGCAGCAAUAAUUCCAGUUAUUCUGUAUCAUCUCUAUUUGUAUGAUAUAAUAUUAUUUGGAACCUUUAAGUUAUUACUUUUGGCCUUUUUCAUUGUAUUUGUAAUUGGUCCCCUUGUUUUCAAAUACUCGUACAGUCUUCAAAGAAGCGUGAUUUUUCUUAAUUACGUGAAUUUUCCUGUUAAUCCUAAUUAUUCCAAUCCUGCUGCUUACGGUCUACCCGGAGUUUUAAACUUUGACGUUAUAACUGAUGAUAAUAUAAAAUUGGGAGUAUGGUACAUACUACCAGAAGAAAUUAUUAAAUCGUCCCAUAACGAUGUUGAUAUCAACACCCUCGCCACUGCUAAACAGGUUGUAUUAUACAACCAUGGUAAUUCUGGAAACCGUGUCAGUCCUCACAGAGUCGAAUUGUACCAAGUUCUCAGAAAGUAUUUUCACGUAGUUGCCUUUGACUAUAGAAGCUAUGGAGAUUCUUCUGAUGUGGAACCUUCAGAAGAAGGACUGGUGAGUGAUGCAAAGUUCAUGUUCAAGUGGAUUAGAAAUCAUACAUCGUCUGACAUAUUUGUGUGGGGUCAUUCUCUUGGUACCGCCAUUUCAACAAGAUUGGUUCGUGAACUGGAAAUGGAAAAGAUUCAAGCAACUGGUCUAAUUUUGGAAAGUCCAUUUAACAACAUGAGAGAAGAAAUUGCGAGGCAUCCUCUUGCAACAGCCUUUAAAAACCUACCAUGGUUUCAGUUUACUGUGGUAAAUCCCAUGCAGGAAAAUGGCUUUAAAUUUGAAAAUGAUAAAAAUAUACAAAACGUUAACUGUUCAAUUCUUAUUCUUCAUGCCAAGGAUGACUUUGUUGUGCCUUAUCAACUAGGAUAUGAGCUGUAUAAGACUGCAUUAAGUAACCGUCAAAAUGGCCAAGGAAGUGUACAGUUGGAAAGCUUUGACUCCAAGUUUAGUUACGGACAUAAGCAUAUUUGUCGUGCACCAGAAUUGCCUCGAAUAAUAGAAAAUUUCAUUGUCAAAGCUAGAGACGAAUUUGGAACAAGAAAUCAAAAAGACUUCAGCAUGAACGUGUGAUUAUUUAUUAUAGGUAAUUUCUGUCAGUAUUUAUUUGUGUUUUGUUUGCUUUUGUAAUUUGUACUUUUUAUAGGGUCUUUGCACUUAUUGCAAGUUGUUCUGUAUUUUCUAUGUUUAAUCAAUAAGUAAAGUGAUUUAGCAAAGGUGAAA